AUGGCGAGUGUAAUGAUGUCUGAUGCGGCGGAUUCUCCACGGCCUUCUUCUGUCGGCACACCAAGACCACGAGCUGGUCGAGGGUCUUCAGCACGCCCAAGAGGCCCCCCUUCCGAAAGUGUAGCACCCCUCAGCGACGAUGAGGGAUUCGCAGAUGAUCAGGUUCCCACAGGUACCGGGCGACCAAGAAGGAAAGAUCGCGCAGUACCCAGAGUGGAAGAUAGAAUUGGUUAUAUGAUUCAGGAGAAUUUUGAGGAGUUCUUGGAAACAUUCGUUGAGGAGCCUUCUUCGUCUGGAGCGCCUCCUUCUAGCGCUGUAACGACUGACAAAUACUACAUCGCCCAAAUCCAUGGACUCAGAACAUACCAGCUCUCGACACUCUAUGUUGACUACCGGCAUUUAUCACAAUUUCGCGCUGGCGCUUUAGCGGAGGGUAUUGUGGAGGAGUUCUACCGAUUCCUACCAUUCUUGACAAGAGGUCUUCAUAACAUGAUUGCCAAGUACGAACCUAGAUAUUUCCGAGAUCAUCGACAACCCACAGCGUCAAGUAAUCAAACUUCUUCAGGAGCAAGUAAUGCCGCCUCUGCAAGUCAGUCUGAUUUUCAAGGCGACAAAACCACGAACCAGCAGACCGACAAACUAUUUACAUUGGCCUUUUACAAUCUCCCGCUUGUCAGCCGCGUUCGUCACUUAAGAACAGCGAAUAUUGGCCAGCUUUUGUCGAUUUCAGGAACAGUCACCCGAACAUCAGAAGUCCGACCGGAACUUUCGUUAGCAACUUUCGUCUGCGAAUCAUGUAAAAGUGUUAUUCCAAAUAUUGAGCAGACGUUCAGAUAUACCGAACCAACACAAUGUCCAAACGAGGAAUGUAGCAAUAGAUUGGCUUGGAGACUGGACAUAAGGCAGAGUACUUUCGUCGAUUGGCAGAAAGUGCGAGUGCAAGAAAACUCAUCGGAGAUUCCUACCGGAAGCAUGCCUCGAACAUUAGAUGUCAUCUUACGAGGAGAGAUCGUGGAGCGAGCCAAAGCUGGAGAGAAAUGUAUAUUUACGGGUGCCCUGAUCGUUGUGCCUGAUGUCAGUCAGCUCGGAUUACCUGGUGUGCGACCAACAGCCAUUCGAGACACUCAGAACAGAAGUGGAGAUGUCAAUGGUGUUACUGGUUUGAAGGCAUUGGGUGUUCGCGACUUGACCUACAGACUAGCGUUUCUGGCAUGUAUGGUUACCCCCGACACCUCAACAACAGGUUCAUCAGCAAAUCAACAUCUGGAAGGAAAAUCUGAGAACAUUUUGGCGUCUUUACAGCAACUUGCGCCAGUGGAUCCUAACGAACCUGGGGAUCAUGCUCAGGAAGCAGUUUUGGCCUCCAUGAAUCCAGCUGAAAUCGAAGAACUUCGAAAAAUGGUACACAGCCCUCACAUAUACUCUCGAUUAGUUGGCUCCCUGGCACCUAUGGUUUAUGGACACGAGAUUGUCAAGAAAGGGCUGUUGCUGCAGCUCAUGGGUGGAUUGAGCAAGACCACCCCUGAAGGCAUGGCAUUGAGAGGAGACAUCAACAUUUGCAUUGUGGGAGAUCCAUCUACAUCAAAAUCGCAAUUCCUGAAGUACAUCUGCUCUUUCUUACCACGCGCGGUUUAUACCUCUGGAAAGGCUUCUUCCGCGGCUGGUCUUACUGCUGCAGUCGUUAAGGAUGAAGAAACCGGGGAGUUUACCAUCGAGGCAGGUGCUCUUAUGUUGGCGGAUAACGGCAUUUGCGCCAUUGAUGAAUUCGACAAGAUGGACAUCAGCGAUCAAGUCGCUAUCCACGAAGCCAUGGAACAGCAGACUAUUUCUAUUGCUAAGGCCGGUAUCCAAGCCACGUUAAACGCCAGAACCUCCAUCUUAGCGGCAGCCAAUCCGGUAGGAGGUCGUUACAACCGAAAGACAACUCUCCGAGCCAACAUCAACAUGUCCGCUCCCAUUAUGUCUCGUUUCGAUCUUUUCUUCGUCAUUCUAGAUGAGUGCAAUGAGACGGUUGACCGUCACCUGGCUGAGCACAUCGUUAGCAUUCACCAACUUCGUGACGAAGCGGUCCAGCCCGAAUUCUCUACCGAGCAGCUACAAAGAUACAUUAGAUUUGCAAGAACUUUCAAGCCUGAAUUCCUACCUGAAGCUAGGGAGACACUGAUCGCUAAGUAUAAAGAACUUCGUAGCGAUGAUGCUCAGGGAGGCAUUGGACGAAACAGUUACAGAAUUACUGUCCGUCAACUUGAGUCUCUUAUUCGACUGUCGGAAGCAAUCGCCAAAGCCAAUUGCGUCGAAGAGAUUACGUCGGCUUUUGUGCUUGAAGCAUUCAACUUACUAAGGCAGAGCAUUAUAUCUGUUGAGAAGGACGAUGUUGACGUUGACGAGGAUGAUGAAGUUAUUGGUCCCAAUGGCGCCGUUCGACAGCGGUCAGAUCCUGAUGGAGAUUCUCCUAUGGGCGAUGCUGAUAACGACGAUGAUGAUGAUGGACCAGAUGGAGGCGCCGGCGCCGCCACUAGCACUCCUGCCCCAACAGGGACCGGCGCGAGCCGUAAGACAAAGAUUACCUACGACAAGUACAUCAGCGUGGUCAACUUGCUUGUUCAACGUGUUAACGAAGAUGAGUUGUCAAAUGGAGAGGGUGUUGAUGGUCCGAAACUCAUAGAAUGGUAUUUGGAGCAGAAAGAGAGUGAGCUUGAAGAUGAAGAAGCUUAUCAUGCUGAAAUGGCUCUGACAAAGAAAAUCAUCAAGAGAAUGGUCAAGGAAAAUAUUCUCAUGGAAAUCAGAGGCCAGGGUCUCGUUGGUGAGGAUGGCGAGGGUAGCUCUGCAGCUGGAGAAGCUACUGUUUAUGUGUUACAUCCUAAUUGUGCGGUCGAGGAGUAUUGA